GCGGCGGCGGCGGCCGCUUUCGGAGCGGGGAAGCCCUGCUUUGCGGGCCUGCGGGCUGUCCGGGCUGGCGUGGCUCCGGGUCUCGCUGCAGUCCGGGAGGAGGAGGUCCUGGUUUGGAGCCCCAGAAGCGCUUUUCCGGCCCCACCUAGGCCCCCUGAGCCGCGCCCAUAUGGUGGGAGGAGCCCGACGCAGCUCCCCGCCUAGAAGCCGGGAAUUUUCUACGCGGUUGAGUAGCCCCGCCACCUCCUGGCCUUGUGAUCUUGGGCAAAUCCCUUCUUGUGGAGCCUCAGUUUGUUUACUUGCGAAUGAAAAUGCCAUCCUGGGUUAUCGGGAGGAUUGCUUGGAUGAGGGACAGCUUCCGCAGAGCGUUUGGCCUGUAAAAUUCAACAAAUAACAUCGGCUGCUGCUGUUGCUAACAGAGACGGCCGGGGCAGUAGAGAGUCGUGUGGAGAGUUGAGAGUGGCUGAGAGGAUCACGUAGAGGAGAACGUGAAAUGCUCAGCACAGUGUCAGCUAGGAAGAGUCGGAGACAUCCUUUUCCAGAGUCCCAGAAUGGAGACUGAAGGGUGCUUAGAGACACAAAGAAAUAGAGAAGUCCAGAAUGAUAAAAUAAGGCCACCAUCAAAUGAGAUGGUGGCCGAGGAGUCAGAAGUUGUCCUCAUAUCGGCUACCCAGGUCCAGGUUCCGCGAGAGCCUUCCGGGCUUCCACCGGAGAGCCUCGAUGAAGACUCUGCCGAAGACCUUGAGACCAUGCCACGAAGGAAUCGUCCCAAUGCUGCAGCCUCCAGGCAGAGGUUCAGGAAAUUCCGCUAUGAGGAUGCAGCCGGGCCCAGGGAGGUCCUCCGACAUCUGCAGGAGCUUGCUGGACAGUGGCUGAGACCCGAUAUUCACACAAAGGAGCAGAUUGUGGAGAUGCUGGUGCAGGAGCAGUUCCAGGCUGUCCUGCCCGAGGAGCUCCGAGCUCGGGCCCAGAGAUGUCAGCCCGGGGUCAGGAUCACCGGCUGAGUCCUGCCGCCGCGUCCUUGCUCAGCCUGCGCGUGAGAAGUCACCGGAGGUGCUCGUUGUUGUUGCAAGAGCCGGUCGCGGUCAUGGGGAAAUGGGAGCCUCGGUUUUUUUGAGCUUGGCUUUGACUAGUUGUAAUAAUCCGUCAAAACCCAUGUCUGGACCUCCCUCUGGCUGAGGCAGCUCUAAUUCCGGGGACUGAGCUCCGGAAAGAGCUUCUCUACCCUCCUGUUAGGACAAUCAGCCUGUUGCUUGUUUUUGCUCUGCCGAAUGCCUCCUUUUUUGCACUUUCUGACAUGCUUUAAUAUAUUGUUAUGCAUCCAAAGAGCUAAUCGCUUCAACUUUCAGAAUUCUUGAUUCUUGCUGUGGUGGCAUGAAUGGAAGCUUCUGUAACCCCAUCCAGUAAACUCGUUUGAGACGCCCUUGAAAUAUUAAAGUUUGGUCCUUAA